GCGACGGACUGGCCGACGUAACGUCUCACGUCAGACGCUGCUAAUCGAGCCGGAGCGCUGCUUGUCCCGUCCUUUUGCUAACGCGCCGGGACCAAACUUCAACCCCCGAAACAUGUUUCUGUCCGCUGCUGCUCGCUCUGCAGUGUCGCAGACGGCCAGGCAGGUCAGGAAUCUGCAUCGGUCGGCUGCGCGCGCAGGAGCUGGUGGCAUCUUUGUGCACAGAGAUACUCCUGACAACAACCCUGAUACUCCUUUUGAGUUCACUGAGGUGAACAAAAAGAGGAUUGAGGCCAUCAUUUCAAUGUACCCUGUUGGACACAAGCAAGCAGCCACCAUCCCAGUGUUGGAUUUAGCCCAGAGGCAACAUGGAUGGCUCCCUAUCUCCGCCAUGAACAAGGUCGCUGAGGUGCUGGAAAUCGCUCCAAUGAGAGUGUAUGAAGUAGCCACAUUCUAUACAAUGUUCUUGCGUCAGCCCGUGGGAAAGUACUUCAUUCAGAUCUGCACAACAACACCCUGCAUGCUCUGCAACUCGGACAGCAUCCUGGAGGCCAUCCAAAACAAACUGGGUAUCAAGGUUGGAGAGACGACUGCAGACAAGAUGUUCACGCUAAUAGAAGUGGAAUGCCUGGGCGCCUGCGUGAAUGCUCCGAUGGUCCAGAUCAAUGACAACUAUUAUGAGGACCUCUCUCCUAAAGACAUUGAGGACAUUAUUGAUGAACUUAAAGCCGGCAGAGUUCCACCACCUGGGCCCAGGAACGGGCGUUUUUCAUGUGAGCCGGCGGGCGGAUUGACUUCUCUGACAGAGCCUCCUAAAGGACCCGGCUUCGGCGUGAGAGCGGACCUGUAGACGGCCGCCCUCAGCCGCUACUUUCAAAAAGCAACUUGUCCCUGAAGAUGAUAUUAUGUUUAAGUCAAACAUAUUGUGUAAAUAAAUUGUUCAUGUACCUCUGCUGUAGGUGUCAGUGUGUCACAGGAUUCCAACAAAGGAAAAAGGUAAUAAAACUAAAAAUAGAUUGGUACAGAUUAUACAUUCAUAUUUGUCCUGUGCUGCUACUAAAGCUUUAUUAGGCACUCUUGACAGUAGAACUUGAAAUAUUAAUACAUCGGCCUGAAACUGCAUUUAGAGAGGGACACCACUUUUGUUGUUUCGGCUCUGCCUCCGCGAUGGUUCUGAAAUUGAAAGUAUGUGCUCGACGUGCUGAUUCUCAGGUUUAAUUUCGGGGUAUUUAAAUCCACAUGGUAUGACCGGUGUAGGAAUUACAGACGUAUUUGUAGUCCACCUUUUUAUCGGGAUGAACAGUACAGUACAGCUGUUCGUAGGACAGGCGAGAACUAACGAUGGGAUAACAGUCAGGCAUUAGUUCAUGCACAAAUCAGCUGAUCAGGAGAGUCAUGAGGCUGAAAUACAGACUGCGGUGGAUCACACAAGAAGAAGGCAUAUCCGUCUCAAUAAAACCAGUUUAACACAAGAUGCAAACCACUCUGGAGCAAGAUCUUGUUGACUGAUGAGACACAGAAACCUCCAGUAGUGGAACAACCCAUUAUCGUUUGCAUACAGCGUCAUCUGUUAAUGGUGGAGGUAAUGUUAAGGUUUGGGUCUGUAUGGCUGCUGGUGGAACUGGGUUCCUCGUAUUUAUUAGAGACGUGACUGCUGAUAAAAGCAGCAGGAGGAAUUCGGAGGCGUAUAGAGACUUCAAUCUAUUUGGACGAUGCUUCAGGCUGUAGAAAAACAACCCAAGACAUACUGCCAAAGACUUUUUAAAGACCAAACAGUGCUUGAGUGGUCGGGUUAGACCUGAAUCCAACAGAGCUAGACUUCACUUGAAGGUAAAAACGCUGUGGGUCUGUGUUCUUCAAGUAUUAAAUGAGACGACUUUAUUUAA